AUAUAACUUCAUCCCAAACAUGUGCUUCCAUCGUCCUGUAAACAGUAGCACAAGGCUUAACAUCAGCAGGGAUUUGUAUUGAGUCUCCUUAACUUUUAUAGACUGUAAUCAUGCUUAAGGAGCUAUGCGCAGGAUUUAAUUUUAAGGCAUUUCUAGCUGAGCUGGUAGCAACCCUUAUCUUUGUAUUUGUUGGCCUGGGCUCAACGCUAUCAUGGACGGGGGCUCUCCCAACUGUCUUACAAAUAGCCUUCACUUUUGGCUUGGGAAUCGGUACAAUGGUACAAGCUGUAGGUCACAUCAGUGGGGCCCAUAUCAACCCUGCUGUAACUAUAGCACUGCUUGUUGGGGCCCGAAUUUCUCUGGCCCAGACAAUAUUCUAUGUGAUCGCUCAGAUGCUGGGAGCAGUGAUAGGAGCUGCUUUGCUGUUUGAGUUUUCGCCAUCUGACAUCCGGGGAGGUUUUGGAGUGAACCAGCCGAGCAACAACACAAGUCCUGGACAAGCAGUUGCGGUAGAAAUUAUUCUUACAAUGCAACUGGUCCUCUGCAUCUUUGCUACAACGGACAGCCGGAGGACAGACAACAUCGGGUCUCCAGCCAUAUCUAUAGGACUGUCAGUGGUAUUGGGCCACUUACUUGGGAUUUACUACACUGGAUGUUCAAUGAAUCCUGCACGGUCCUUUGGUCCAGCUUUGAUAACAGGAAAUUUCGAAUACCACUGGAUUUUCUGGGUGGCGCCAAUAACCGGAGCAAUCUUGGCAUGCUUGAUUUAUGACUAUAUCUUUGCACCUCAAUUCAUAAGCCCAAGCGAGAGACUUGAAAUCCUUCGUGGCAACAUUUUGCAGGAGAAUGAAAAAGAAGAGAGGCGAAAACAAUCUGUAGGCCUCAAUUCCGUUUACAGUCAAACAAAUAACAAAGAAAAAAUGUGA